AGUGAGAGAGAGUCCGACAGUCCGCAAAACAGAAAACACGUGUGUAGCGGAGUUCGUAUAUAAAUGUGAAUAAUAAAAUACUACAAAUAAUUAUCCAUGAAAAACGCCUACCUUACACAUUUUAUAUCUUAAAGAGGGAAAAAUACUUGCCCAAGGAGACUUUAAAUCUUUUUUUUUCAAAUGAAAAUAAUCUGUAUUUGUGAAUUCUAACCUCUAAACCAUUGAAAAUGGGCACCCAAUUGAAGAAAUCUCGGAUACAAAUGGAAGAGCAUGGAGUUGUUAAUAAUCUUGAAGAAUCCUGGAGCUUAAAAAAAUUUAAGGAGAAUUUCAAAAUAGAAAUAGUCAAAGAAUCGGAAGAUCAGAUGGAAUUAGAAUUUGAUUUAAUUGGAUGCCAGACUUCUUUGGCCAAUGCGAUCCGAAGAAUUCUACUUAGUGAAGUUCCUUCUAUGGCAAUUGAGAAAGUUUUUAUUAUGAAUUAUACGAGUAUAAUGCAGGAGGAAGUACUGGCUCACAGACUUGGGCUUAUACCUCUACGAGCAGAUGCUCGAUUAUUCGAAUAUCCAUCAACCGAAGGAAACAAAGACGACGAUGUUAGUGAGCAUGAUACUUUAAGAUAUUCUCUUAAAGUUACCUGUUCAAAUAAUAAACAGGCACCUAAAGAAUCUAGAAGACACGAGGAAAUGUACAUCAAUCACAAAGUUUACAGUGGAGACAUAAAAUGGUCUCCUUUCGGGAAACAACAUGAACGUUACCCUGAAGGCGAGAAUCAAGUAGGAGUCAUCCACCAAGAUAUACUGCUGAACGAAAUGAAUCCUGGUCAUGAAAUGAACCUUUUCAUGCAUGCCGUCAAAGGAAUCGGCAAGGAUCAUGCUAAAUUUUCUCCCGUCUCAACUGCCUUUUACAGACUCAUGCCACGAAUUACCUUACUCAAACCUGUAAAAGAUGAAUUAGCAGAAAGACUAAAAAGUUGUUUCAGCCCCGAGGUGAUUGAAAUAGUGCCGAGUAAAUCGGGUGGAACUGAAGCUAAAGUGAAAAAUCCCCGUUACGACAGUUGUUCCCGCAAUGUUGAGCGACACGAAGACUUGAAAGAUUGUGUUUUGUUGGAACGCGAACCAGACCACUUUAUUUUUACUAUCGAGUCGGUCGGCGCGCUCACAUCUUCCGUACUUUUUUGCGAAGCCGUAAAAGUUCUAAAAGGAAAAUGCAGGACAUUCAUAGAAGAACUUGAUAACAUCAGUUAAUUAAUAAUAUUCCACACCUAUAUAUAGUUUAGCGAUUUAUUAUUUUACUCUCUGAGGCUCCGUAUGAUAAAUCAGUCUUGUAUCUAAAUAAAUUUCUUAUUUAAUCCUUGCUUAAAA